CGUCUCUCGCUCACUCGCUGACUGACUCACCCACUCUCGCUCUUAUUUCUGUCUUUGUUAUUUACUUACAUAUCUCCAACAAUUUCCGUCGUUUAGACUAAGGAUCAUAUCCCACUUCGACGCUUUGUUGGUCGAUCUCACUCUCGCUCUCGCAACUCAUUUGACGGCCAAUAAUCCUUCUGUCAAAUAAUCGCAGAUAAAAUACCAGUGCCAUCCUCUGAAUCGCGAACACUUUAUUCGAUUCAGAUAUUCGCAUCGCAUACGACAAUUUAUUCCCACGUUGAUCGCGGAUAGCCAGCUGAUCUCUCCACUUAGUCGUAUAUCCAGUUUGCGUCAGCAGCAAGUUUAUUAAAGCGCCAUUACGCGUUUCUCUUCACCACUCCUGAACAGGGACGACAAGCUCCUUUCGACAUCUCGACUGGUCAUUCCUGUCUAAUCACCCUUCCUCGUCAUUAUAUCCGACACCAUCCGCAGUCACAGCCACCGACAUGUACGCCACACGGUUUGUCAAGCUGCUACUGGUAGCUUUCGCUAUUAUCUGCGUCGCUCAGGCAUCAUGGAUCGACCUCAACAAAAUCCACCUCAAGGAGCGUCGAGUUAUGCGAAGAGCAAGCCCUAGUCAAAAACCCGAGGACGUCCUAGCAAGUGCAACACUACCAAUCGAUGUGCCCUCGGUUUCUCAGGCAGAACCAGAUACAGCUGCUCCCACGGACACAGUAGACUCCAAGUCUGAUGCACCUGCCGAUACCGCCUCCGAUGAAGCUACCCAGGCUACCGACGAGCCUUCAAAGGCAUCUGCUACUGCUGCUGAGUCUACUGCCGAUAAACCUGCAGAGACCACGCCCGCGGAGCCUUCCCCCACCAAGGACAGCUCUACUACCAAGGCUGCCGAGAAAUCCACCGCUGCCGAUAGCAAGCCCGCUGAGACUUCUGCUCCUUCGCCCACCGAGGCCACCGACGACACCCAGUCUACUGCCGCUGCUUCUGCCACUGAUGAGAAAACCGCUGCCGAGUCGACAACAGCGGCUGCUUCACCUACCACCGCCGCCGCCAACAGCAGCAAGAACCAAAACGAGGACACCAGCAGCACUGCCGCCGGUAGCGACGAGGAGGCCAGCAGCACUGCAGCCGAGAAAGACACUCGAACUACCGCCAAGCCUGUCACCUCUACCCACAUUGCCGUUGUCACGAGGACCAACGACAAUGGUGAUCUCGAGACUAUGACCACUACGAGUGUGUCUACCUCUACGCCUGGACUCAGCGAUGGUGAUGACGACGGCAGCUCAUCUGGCAUGUCAACAAAGACCCGCAACACUGUUAUUGGCGUUGUUGUCGGUAUUGGUGGUGCCAUUGUCGUCGGUGCUCUCGGUCUCGUUGCUUGGAGAAUCUGGGGACGCAAGAAGCACAACGAAGAGGCUGAUGGUCUCAUGGACUUUGACGAGUCCAACAGCCGUCCCAACAGCAACGGCCCUUACCACAGUAUUGAGAAGACCGAGUACAACAGUGUCGGUAGUGCUGGUCCCCAGCGCAGCCCAUUUGCGUCGACGUUGGAGAAUUACCAUCAACCAACGCCUGUAAACGCAUCAUCCAACUUUUAGUCAUGAGAAGAUGAACCUCUUCAUCUUUUUUCUUUUUUUUUUCCCUUUAGCAUGUUUGAUAAAAAAGCAUUAUUAUUGCUCUCAUCCCAUUUCAUCGGUUCAAAUGGCAAUCUCAGGGCUAUCGCGGGUGGCGUUCUCGGACACGAAUCAUUUGGACGGUUCAUAUAGAAAGUGUUGUACGAAUUUGAUAACGAAAGUCACGGCUGCAAUUGACUGAGGCAGCAUCACAAACUCCGCGUUCGCAUUUGCAUGACCCGGUUUACAAGUCCCAGUUUCUGAAUUAUCUGGAGAGUGGACAUGAUUACAUAUCUUUGCUCUUUCUUCCUUCUCCUGGCCUUGAGCCCACUAGAGCUCAUCGGCGUCGGAAUGGGUCAUCUGCUUAUUACAUCAAUAUGUAUCGAUAAACUCGACUAAUAAUACUAUAUCAAG